CAGAAACCUUGGACGCUGGCACUAGAAGGCAGGGGUGUUCUCAGAAAGGGGACAUAGAGAAGGGCAGUGGGGAGGGGGAUCUAGAUUGCGGGUCUAUCCCCUUUGCAGAGAGAAAACCAGAGGAAGCUUGAAUGCAGUGGAGCAAGAGGGGAAGAGUAAGGGAGGUGGCACGUGGGUGUCAGUGGCAGGAGACUGGCAUUACGAAAACAAGUUCAUGCCAAGAAAGGAAAGAGAUGGUGUGAAGUAGGGAAGGGGUAAUAAGCAAAUGAGAAAGAGAGAGAGAGAAUCAAGCCAGAAGCGAGGUCAGAUAUGCUUGAAGUAAGGAGUGGAUCAGUGAAAGGAAAGGAAAGGGAGCUAGAACAGCAGGAAAAUAAGAGAGAGAAGAUGCCAUCUGAGAUUCAGAUAACGGCGUGAGUGAACUGAUACUGGGAAGUGUACAGAAUAGCUGAACAGCCAGAAACCAUUCUCUGGAGAGGGAGAGGGCAUCAGGGUGAAGUCCAGCUCAUGGCUCCUGACCUCAUGCUAGGAUCACUGUAGCUGCAAACCUGCCAUGGAGAAGCUAUUGCCACCAACAGCAGUGGACAAUGAACCCAUUGCCAAUGGCGGGGGGUGUCGGCACAAGGACUGCUGUGAGCGGGUGGUGAUAAAUGUUUCGGGCCUACGCUUCGAGACCCAAAUGAAGACCUUGCUCAGGUUCCCCGACACCCUACUAGGUGACCCGCGACGCCGCGUGCGAUACUACGACCCACUGCGUGGUGAAUACUUCUUUGACCGAAACCGGCCCUGCUUUGACUCCAUCUUGUAUUAUUACCAGUCGGGAGGGCGGCUCCGACGACCAGCCAACAUCCCCAUUGAUGUUUUCCUGGAGGAACUCAAGUUCUACCAGCUAGGGGAGGAGGCACUCAGCAAAUUCCGCGAUGAUGAGGGCUUCAUUAAGGAAGAAGAGCAGCCCAUGCCUGAUAGGGAGUUUCUCAAGCAAGUGUGGCUGCUCUUUGAGCAUCCAGAGAGUUCCCAGGCUGCUCGUAUCAUCGCAAUAAUAUCAGUGAUGGUCAUCCUCAUCUCUAUUGUGAUCUUCUGCCUGGAGACCCUUCCUGAGUUUCGAGAUGAGAGGGACAUGACGUUGCCGGUGAGUGACUAGCUCCACAUUGAUCUUUUUUCUCUGCACUUGCUUCCAACGUUUGUCUUCUCUUAGUGGCACUGCCAUAACAUUUUUAGUAGGUUCCAAAUCAAGGUGAGGUCCAGAGGGUGGCAAUAUUGGGCAUUUGCCAGGGCUCCAAGUCCAGCAGAGGGCCCACCACCCUAGCAAUGCUACCAUUUCCAAUUUGCACAGAGUAUCCAAGAAGGUCAGGUAUCAGCGAGUUCUCUCCCAGUGGGGCGGGCACUGAAGGUGCCAUUCCUGAGCCCAACAUCCUAGGGCCAGCGGCAUUAAAAGGUAUUCUUAUUUCCUGUCCCUCAAAAUUGUCAGAUUAUAGCUAAGCCUUCUCCAAAGUUUCCACAUUUUAUACAACUCUCAUAUGAGUCCUGCUUUUAGGUUUUAUCACCUACAUUUCACCACUGAGAUUUGGAAAUAAUCAUCUACCACCACUGCCACUAAGAUAGUAGUUCCACUAAAAUACAAGGGUAUUUUUUCACAGGCAGAAGAGAGGGAGAAUCAGUUGAUGGCAAAUAUUGAAUUUGACGUAUGAAAAAUGUCAAAUGUGACUUUCAUAUUUUAUUUUUUAAACUAUUUCCCAUUCACCACAUUACCUUCGCAUGGAAACCUGAGAUUUAGGAUGUCUCCUUGUAAAGAGUGAUAGGGAUAUGGGCAAAUCUUCAGUCUAUGAACCCCAAGGCUCUAUCUUGGCCCCAAUAUCACAUAAUAUAAAUUCCCCAAAUAAACUGUUUCUUACCUAUAAUUGCAGAAACUCUUUAGUGGGAGUUGCAUAUGACCAGCUGUGAAUAUUGGGGGCUGCUAUCUAGUAUUGGAAGAAACAGGAGGCAAUUCAAAAUACUACUGAUGAGUCAAAUAAGUGGAUUUUUGAGGAAGAACUUCAGCAUUCUCUUCUCCAUCCCCUACUAUCCCUCAGAGAUAUAGGUUCAUAUUAGAACCUCUCAGGGUCAUCAUUAAGAUGAAAGUAGCAGAAAGGGACGCAGGUGGCGCUGUGGGUUAAACCACAGAGCCUAGGACUUGCCAAUCCGAAGGUCGGCGGUUCGAAUCCCCGCAACGGGGUGAGCUCCUGUUGCUCGGUCCCUGCUCCUGCCAACCUAGCAGUUCGAAAGCACAUCAAAGUGCAAGUAGAUAAAUAGGUACUGCUCCAGCAGGAAGGUAAACGGCGUUUCUGUGCGCUGCUCUGGUUUGCCAGAAGCGGCUUAGUCAUGCUGGCCACAUGACCCGCAAGCUGUACGCCGGCUCCCUCGGCCUAUAGAGCGAGAUGAGCACCGCAACCCCAGAGUCGGCCACGACUGGACCUAAUGGUCAGGGGUCCCUUUACCUUUACCUUUAGCAGACAUUGGGAUAAAUCACAAGCUGUAAUAUUAUGGAUUGGUAAGUAUAUCUCCUGUGAUGCUAUGACAUCCUGGAAUUGUGGAACAAUAUCUAAGCAAUGAAAUAUAUCCCACAACCCUGCAUGCUAUGCUUUCAUAUUAUUAACAUUUUAUCUUUUUAUUUUAGAGGCAAUCUGAACACCUUUGAGAAGGGUAGUAAAAGUGGAUUCAUACAGCUUUGGUUGCCAUCAUCUAGCCACAAAUACAUAUAGAAAAUGAUAGUGGGAAGGGUCCCAUUCCAAUACAUAUGGAGAUUAAUGUUGAUGGGCCCACAGCCUCACCAUACCUUGGGCCCUUCCGAUGUCCCACCUACACAAGUGUCUCUAUUGGGAAGUGACUGGAAACAAUCCUGUAGCAGUGGGAGAAACAUUUGCAUGAAUUCACACUUGGAGGUGUAAUGUUAUGAAAAGAUGCCUUUUCUAGUCUACAGCCCCAAACUGCAAACCUUUAGAAGCCCCAGAUCAUGUUGCCAUCUCCAGUGCCGACACCAUCUAUGUGAUAUUUCCAACCCCCAGUCACUGCCGGGUGGUUAUAAUCAAUCUUCUGAUGCUGUGGAAUGGACACACUGUUUUCACUCUUUACUAGACUAUGUCCUGUUCAUCUUCCAUGACCACUGGAUCUGCUUUGACCUUGGUGGAAUGUACAGCAACAAAUACAUUGUACUGAAUGUAACUCAGUACAUAUUGGCUGAUUUGGAUUUAGGUCCCAUCUGCACUGUGCAUUUGAAGCCUAUUGCUUUAAAUAGCCAUGGCUUUCCCAAAAGAAUCCUGGGAAGUGUCAUUUGUUAAGAGUACUGAUAAUUGUUGGAAGAUUCCCUAUGCCCCUCAGAAAGCUUUAGUUCCCAGUGUGGUUUAACAAUCCAUUUCUCCAAGGAACUCCGAGAAUUGUAGCUCUGUAAAGGAAAUAGGAGUCUCCUGACAAUUCUCAGCACCCUUAGCAAAUUACAGAACCCAGGAUUUGGGGCUGGCGGGGACAAAGACGACCCAUUGCUGUUUAAAGUCUAUGAUAUUGCUUUACAUUUAUAGUGCAGGUGGGGCCUUAGACCUGGACAUCAGGAAUGCCAGUGUGAAACUGGUCAGAAAAAUAGGAUCCAUGUGGUAGGAUCUUUAAGUGGUUCUUAAGGAAACCUGCAAAAGAAAAGAACUGCAGUGGUGGAUGAAAGCUGAGUGCUACAGGGCUUUGGAGUGAGUAAUUCCAUAACAGUGGCUAGUAAGAUCCCUGUGUGGUAUGAUUAGAUCAGGGGACUUAGAAAGAACAGAGAGAUUCCAUCAUCCUGGGAAUAGGGAGGGACUAUGUUGAGCCAAGGCUUAUCUCUAAAACUUGUGUAGAAUGCAUUUCCCCCAUCAGUGAGCUAACAUAACCUAUGUGCUCGGGACUAAGAGAUUCCAGGUUGGAAGAUAUGGCUUUCAAACAGAGCUCAGCAGUUUAUGCUUUGAGGUAGAGUGAAGCAGCCACCUCAGGCAAGUGAUUUGGGGCAUCAUGAAAGGGCAUCAUAUAAAUCAUUAUUUCAUUAUCUCUGUUGUAUUUUUGCCACCCAGGAAGAGUGUGCUUCUAGGAUUUUGUGCCUCAAAUACCAAUAUACCUUCACUGGCUUUGGGCACUUCACCUUGAGCUGAAGAACACCAAUUGCUGCUUUCCCCAUCAGGCAGCAAAAUAUCUUAGCUUAUUAGAAAUAACCGCUGACUAGAGAGCUUGGCCAUAACAUAAUAUUUUACACGGAAGUACCAGAGAUAGCUGAGUCCUGUUUCUGAUCUCUUUUUCCUCUCUCUCUUCUCUGGUCACAUCCACAUUCUUAAAGCACUUUAACAGUCACGGCGUCCCCCAAAUAAUGACGGGAAUAAUUCACCAUCACAGAGCUACAGUUCCCAGCUACAGUUCCCCUGGAUAUUUGGGGGGAAACCAUGACUGUUAAUGUGGCAUAAGAGUACUUUAAUUGUAUGGUAUGGAUGUGAUAAAUUUAUUUUCCCUCCCCUAAGACUGCAUAUCAUGGAGUUCCCAAUCCUGUAUUUGUCCCUUUAUCAUUAAUAUGAAGAUGGGAGAUGUUUGCAAGCAAGUAUGGUGGACAGGAAGUGGAUGCUUAACUCUUCCUCUCCUUGUCAAUUCUCCCUUACAGUCUCUUCACCUAGAUGUUUCUACCUAGGCCCUCCCAUCACCACUCCAGCACUGAGACCAAAAAAUAAGUUCAAGUGUGCCUGUGUAAUUUGUAGCUGUACAAAAGUUAAGUGAUAGGGAUGGGAUGCAAGAGUCCUGAUUUCCACUCUCUCUCAACCCAUUUAACCUCCUUUCUAGAGAGCCAUUUCAAACGUCUUAGACCUUCAGAAACAUGCACUCAAAACUCUGCAGGAGUAUUUGGCAGAGAGAAAUCACAGCAGGAAAUUAGUGGGCAGAUAAAACUGGGAAGUUGUGGCAGGAAAACAUUGGGCUGAGAAAGAGUUAAGUUUCCUUUCCCCCCUAUUACAGUAUUUAUCCAGGCAAAAAUGUCCACUGUCAAAGUUGAGAUAAUUUGCUAAACGUCGUCAUAGUUACACGCAUUUGUGUCCCACAGUUAGUUUACUCUAAACCACUAGACACUUUCCAAGAGGACUCUGGAGUUCUGGCUCCCAGCUGUCGUAUUUCUCUGCAGGAAUUGAAAUAGGGUGUAUGUGCGGUGGGUGUUUAACUUUGCAGGGGGAUUAGACCCAUUACCCUUGAUGAAUGUGGACUCAGCUGUAUGGCAGCAUGUGGGAGAGGGAGCCGUGACUAUUUAGUUAGAUUUAACUGAAGAAGGUUGACUUAGAGUUAUCUGUAUUUACUUCAAGGGUGUGGCAUCUGUGGCCCUCCAGAUGUUCUAAGACUACAACUCCCAUCACCAUUGACCAUUGCCCAUGCUUGCUUGGGGCUGAUGGGAGUUAGAAUCUGGCAGUAUCUGGAGGGCCAUAGGUUCCUCUUUCCUAACUUAUGCUCUUCUUGUUUUCUUGUUGGAACAUUGCACAACACAGCAAAUGAAUUUCUCAAAUGGAGUGUGCUCUUUGUCAGUCAUGUGUCUGGUAGCUCUGGUCCUUCAAUUGAUCUAAGCAAAUUCCUUCACAUGAUCAGGCAGAAGAUGACUUAUUUCAAAACAUAAGACUCUGUUCAGUGAUGAAAACUAACACCGAACUGUCGUUGCUGUGGUUGGAAGCAUCUAUUGAUUAAUUUGCAUAAGGAUUUAUACCUCAGCCUUCUAGUGUUCACACAUCACUUGGGGCAGUUUACAACAAUUAGUUGUACUGUAAGUUUAAUUCCCAGUGAAUUCUAUGGAACUUGUCCCAUUGAUUUUAAUGGGACCCAAGUACAGCUAUCUGAGUGUGGAUCCAACUGAUAGUACAAAAUGAUUUUUUUCCCUUUUCAACUGAAAAACUACAACACAACAGCCAUAUGUACGUUACCAGCUUAAAACGCAGCCAGGUUGUUCUUUUUCUCAAUGCAGAUCAAAUUUAGUUUUUUUGGGGGGGGGGGGAGAGACAUAUCUAUAUGCAGUAUUUCAUAAGAAAUGACAGGAUAGAUAUGGAUUGUGGCUGACAUUGUGCACACCACUUCCCAAAUAAUUGGUGGGAGCACACUGGAUACAGAGUAAAUGGGAGUGCGUACACAGCCUGAAUCUGACUAAUUUGUCCACCUCCAUCCUCUUUAUAACCACUGUGCAUCGUUCCUAAAAACUUUCUGCUCAUACCUUGCAAAUCCCCAUCCUCUCAGAGAUAGCCUAGGCGCCCUAAUUGGCUGUCCAGCAAGAUUUCUCUGGCGCCUGCCUUCCUGCUGGUGUGACUGGCGUUAACCUGCUGCUGGCUCUGCAGCAGCGGCUGGCGGGGGGGGUGGGAGGGGGCAUGAGCAGGUGGGCUGGAUUAACACCCCUGGUGCUGUGUUCACUAUCAAGGGAUCCUGACAGCAGCAGGAUGAGGGGAGGCAGCAGGAGAUAAUUGAUGUGAUGUUUCUAGCUUUAAAGGCCAAAAGGACCUGGCUUCUGAGGCCAAGAGGGGAAUCCCUAUGGGGCACACUGCCAUGCAGAGCCCCCACUGCCCCUCCACAUCAUGGACUGCAUCACACAGAUGCACCCUUACCUGAUACCUGUUUCGGUGCAAGCAUGGAAGCAUCUACAUCACCAAUAGAAACAGCUGAUUCCUAAUGCCGCCUUCCAAUAACAUUUUGCAAAGAGAAGCCAUUUUCUUCUUUCAAAGCAACCUGUUCUCUCUGGGCCCUUUUUAAAUUCUGGAACCUAAAUUUGGGGAGUUUCACAAUAAAGCUUGGUGUUUUGUACAUUUCCCCCAACCCCCUUGCAAGGAAGGAGUCGUCAAAAUUGGCAGAUGGGUGUAAUGGGGCACUAACACUGCGAUGCUAUGCAUGUCUACUCGGAAGCAAGGCCCGUUAAGUGCAAUGGAACUUGCUCCCAGGUAAUUGUGCUGUAUAGGGUUGCAGCCUUUGUACGCAGUAAGCUCCACUGAACUUAGCGGGGCUUCCUUUUGAAUAUACUUGCAUAGGAUUGUACUGAAAGGGACCUUCUUCCUCAUCUUGCCCCCAUGGUUCAACAGCCCCCAGCCUCCUCUGUCCCUGGAGCCUGUGGACAGUUAGUCUCUAGCUACACUUCUCCUUGUCAUCUCCUUUUUCCCUGCUUCACGCCCCCUCCCUGCACCUUUCUCUCAGGCUCCAGUCUUCUCCAUCUAUACUUCUUUCAGGUCCCUCCUUCUCAGCAAACUUAUUAUUUUCUUUGCAUGAAGGCCCAUAGCUUAGUGGUAGUUUCACAUCUGCUUUAGGUUGCAGGUUCAAUCCCUAGCAUCUCCACAUAGGAGUAGGGGAGAACCCUGUCUAAAAUGCCAGAGAGCCAUUGCCAGGCAUCAAAAAACAAUACUGGGCUAGAUGGACCAAUUGUCUGACUUCAUAUAAGGCAGUUUCCUAUGUUCCAAUGAUCUCUUCUUUCAUUCGCCCUUUCUCUGUGCUUCCUAUGUUUAGCUCCCCCACCUCUUGGUCUUUAUAAUCUGUCUGAUUAGUCAGCACCCCACCUCUGCUUUCUCCAUCAGUCCUGAAGUGCCUAGUCAAACUGACUUUUCACAUCCCUUGCAGAGCAGCUGCAAUGUUUGGGAAUAUUCUGUUGCUGAUACCAGCCCCCUCAGAUGCUAAAAUGCUGGUGGUCACCAGCUAUAUAUGGUAGCUGAGCCAAUCGUUUGCAAAUGACAAAAGUUUAUUUAGCCAUGGAGAUGAGAUACCUGGUGCAUAAUGCAGCUUGGAACGGUUUUUCUUCCCCUUCUGCCUGGAUGAAAAGUUUUUACUACAUAAGUGUUCUUGCUUUUAAGUGAUUAAUUGAUAACUGAUUACAGUUAACAAUUCCAUAUUUCAGUGAGGUGAGGUUUUGACUCUUUUUAAUGGAAGUAAGCAUUCAUUUCAAUUACCAACACAAAUUUUUGCUUUCUGUUCUGAGACAGCAGCUAUGAUUAAAACCUUUAAGCAAAAUCCUGAACAUCUCCACACCCAUUUAUUUCUAGUCCUCAUGGAUUUCAAAGGAAAAUCUAACCUAAAAAUUAAUGAAUGUCUGGAUAGGUGUUUGAGGUGUCUUGUGGAAGGAGAAGCCUCUUAACCUACCUCACAAGGUCAUUGUAGGGAAUAACUGAGGAGGGGGGUGAACCGUGUACUCUUUGGAGAAAAAGAUGGCAUAUAACUGCAAUAAAUAAGCUAUUUUGCUUACCUAGGGACGCGGGUGGCACUGUGGGUUAAACCACUGAGCCUAGGACUUGCCGAUCAGAAGGUCGGCGGUUUGAAUCCCCGCGACGGGGUGAGCUGCUGUUGCUCAGUCCCUGCUCCUGCCAACCUAGCAGUUUGAAAGCACGUCAAAGUGCAAGUAGAUAAAUAGGUACCGCUCCGGCGGGAAGGUAAACGGCGUUUCCGUGCGCUGUUCUGGUUCGCCAGAAGCGGCUUAGUCAUGCUGACCCACAUGACCCGGAAGCUGUACGCCGGCUCCCUCGGCCGCAACCCCAGAGUCGGUCACGACUGGACCUAAUGGUCAGGGGUCCUUUACCUUUCCCUUUUUGCUUACCUGCUUAAGAAAACUGGAGGGGUCAGCCAGAUGGAGAUGUCGGUUGCCAACCUGGUAUUCAGAGAUCUCCACGUGGUCACAACUGGAUCCGCGCCAGUUGCAAAACGUACCUGGCACCAGGGGAAUUUUGAACACUGGUGAGGAGAGAGCUUAACCCCAAGUCCUGCUUUGAAUGACAUGCAAAGGCAAACCUUGCCUUAGCUGAGUGCGGCAUUAAAAAGGUCUAGGGAGAAGCAAAGCAGCUAAGAGCUCCUCUCCAAGAGCCCACACAGUUGCACAGUUCCAGGAAAUGAUAGUUUAACUUACCGUGUUGUAUGAACCAGGCCAUUGCUGAACUGGAUGAACCAGCGGUCAGACUUGGUAUAAGGCGGCUGGCUUCCUUUAUGUUCUAUGUUUCCUUUUAUUGACUAUGACCUGCUUCACAACUGCAAUAAGAUCAAGUAAAACAAAAACAACAACAAAAAAACCAUGAUAAAACAGCAUGUAAAGGUGUGAACCCAGCCAAUGCAUCCAUACCUAAACACCUUAUUCAUAUCCAAGAGGAAUAACAGAUAUGCAUUCUAUUUUUUUAUCAGAAAAAUAUUUAUUAAACAAUCAACAUUAACUUACACAACAAUACAAUAUAUACACCACACAUUGCAAAACUUACUACAUACACCUACUUUACAGAAAAUAAAAUAAAAAUAAAGAGAAAGAUAAAAGAUUAUAAUAAAUAAAAUAAAAGCAGAUAUGCAUUCUAGUCUCCUAUGUAUGUUCCCUUUUCCCUAUCCUUCUCACUCCUUUUCUUUCCUCUGCUCCCCAUCUUUCUUAUAUUGCUGUGUACUUUAACACAAAUGUAUUUGCACCAUACAUUAGUUUACCCCUUGGAGAGCUACAAUUCCUGGCACCCUUAACAAAUUACAGUUCUCAGGAUUCUCUGUGGGGAGCAACAUGCUUUAAAUGCACAGUUUGGAUGUGACUAAAGGCUAUGUACAAACUAUAAUACCUUUAAAGCACAUCCAUAGCACAUUCUUUCCAUGAAAGAAUUCUGGGCAUGGCUGUUUGUUAAGAGUUGCUGGGAAUUGUGACUCUGAGGGGUAACCUAUGGUGCCCACAAUUAUUCAAGGCAAAGAAUGAACGUGGUUGUCAUGCCUUGAGUGUGUCAAUAACACCAACCUCUUUCAAAGGUUUCAGUGACAUUUUAAAUGUGGGGUUAGCUGUAACUGAGUUGCAUCGUGAGCAAUCACGUGACCACUUACUUUACUACAGGAUGAACUGCAGGUUGAACAGACACAUUUCACAGAUGGUAGAUAUCACUCAUGCAGCGCAAUGCUAUUGUGUCAACUUGGAAGUUAGCCCCACUCAGUUCUGUGGGGCUUAAUUCUCCAGGUAAAUGGGUUGCAUCCAACUUUAGUCAAUCUCAGAGCAGACCCAUUUAAACUAAUGGGCAUGACUAAGUUAGUUUCAGGGACGCGGAUGGCGCUGUAGUCUAAACCACUGAGCCUAGGGCUUGCCGAUCAGGUCGGUGGUUCGAAUUCCCACGACGGGGUGAGUUGCCGUUGUUCGGUCCCAGCUCCCUCCGGUGGGAAGGUAAACAGCAUUUCCAUGCACUGCUCUGGUUUCGCCAGAAGCGGCUUAGUCAUGCUGGCCACAUGACCUGGAAAAACCGUCUGCGGACAAACGUCAGCUCCCUCGGCCAGUAAAGCGAGAUGAGCGCUGCAACUCCAGAGUCGUUCGCGACUGGACCUAACUGUCAGGGGUCCUUUUUAAGUUAUUUUCAUUAAUUUCACUGGACGUACUCUGAGUAGGAUACUUACUUGAAUACAACCCAGUGUGUAUACAAUACAGCACCUUAUAUGAACAGGAUGGAAAGAAUAGCUAAAUUGAAGUAGUUUUGCACAUGACACUAAAAUCACUUUUGAGCCUUUUGUAUUAUUAGUGUACAUAUUGGGAUGUUGUUGGGAGUAUACCCAUUAAACAUAAUGGACAUGUCUCUAACUUAGGACCAUUACUUUCAAUGGGUCUACUCUGUGUAUAAACUUUGUUUGGUAGAAAGUGGAAGACAGACUUCUUUAAAAAUGCACAUUCUAUUUUGUGUAGGUGUAGAGAAAAUACAAAUGACAGAUAUGGCAAAUGCAAAAAGAGAACCCCAGCUCAACAAUUUAAGUAUUACAUGUGCAAACAAUCAAGGGUUUUGGAGUCACAUGCUGAUCUUGGGCAAUUUAAAGAUCUGAAUUUCAAGGAAAUGAACUGAGUGUUGAGAGAUGCUCAUCACACACAUAUAUGCAUCUGGUAACUCAGAGGGCCCUGUCCAUCCCCUGACUUAUGCAGGGAGGGGCUGGAUCCUGGUGGUAGAGCACAUGCUUUUCAUGCAGGGUGUCCCACAACCCAUCCUGGCAUCCCCAGUUAAAGGAUAUCAAGUGCCAGACCUUGGAGAACCCCAUGGAGGGGGUUUGGUAGAGCAGCUGUCUAAACUGGGGGGCUCAGGGUUGGGGUUCUUCUGGGUUUAUGGACUGAACUGGGGGAUAAAAAACCAGGCUUAUACAUUGCCUGGUGUGGUGGAAAAAACAGAGCAGGGGUUUAUGUGAGUUGUGGGGGUUGAGACUGUUUGUGUGAUUGCUUGUAAGAACACAUUGACCUGUUUGUAUGUGGGUUUGGAAAAUCAGAAUACGACCACAGUCUCUUGGGAAUUGAGCUGCAGGAAACCCAGAGACAUUUACUCAGGUGAAUAACUGGGGUUGAUCCGGACUAUGCUAGUCAAGCUUGAGUCUAGUGAUGGGGAGCCUGUGGCCUGCCAGAUGUUGUUGGAUUCCAACUCCCAUCAGCAUAGGGUUGAUGGGAGUUGGAGUCCAGCAACAUCAAGAGAGUUGCAGGUUGCCCAUCUCUGUUCCACUGAAAUCAGUGGGGCAUUGGACACAACAAGCUUCCCAAUGUUUUCAAUAAAACUAAAGUGCUACUAACUUAGUCUGGAUCCAACCCACUCUCUUUUAGAGUAGCCCUAUCUCAUAAGAUUAUUUUUACUUCGUAUAUAUUUAUUAUGUUUCCGCAUACCCUUCCUCCAAGCAGUGGUAGACCGUGGGGUCUCAAAUUUCGGCGAUGCCAAAAUUCAACGCCCCCACUCCUCUUGCCUUCCAUUCCACAUCAAUGUUGCGGUGCCCCCAAGGCUCUGCACCCUGCACAACCAAACCAGUUGCUCCAAGGAGCUUAGAGCAGCAUUUGUGGUUCUUUUCCCUCCUCCAUUUUAGGUUCACAACAACCUCAAGAAGUAGGUAAGACCGAACACAAGUAACCAGUUCAUAUUUACGCAACCUGUUUAAAAAACGGAGUAGCAAUUUGUUACUGAUUUAGUCACAGUGUAAUAUAGCAAAGAGGGAUGCGGGUGGUGCUGUGGGUUAAACUACAGAGCCUAGGACUUGCCGAUCAGAAGGUUGGCGGUUCGAAUCCCCGCGACGGGGUGAGCUCCCGUUGCUCAGUCCCUGAUCCUGCCAACCUAGCAGUUCGAAAGCACGUCAAACUGCAAGUAAAUAAAUAGGUACUGCUCCGGCGGGAAGGUAAACGGCAUUUCCGUGCACUGCUCUAGUUUGCCAGAAGCGGCUUAGUCAUGCUGGCCACGUGACCCGGAAGCUGUACGCCGGCUUCCUCGGCCAAUAAAGCAAGAUGAGCGCCACAACCCCAGAGUCGGCCACGACUGGACCUAGUGGUCGGGGUCCCUUUACCUUUAAUAUAGCAAAAUGUCUCAAAUACAGGCCUUUCAGAAGGUGGAAGAGGAUUAGAACAAAUAUAAAAUCAUGAUAAACUUUUAAAAACAUCCGCAAGGCUUUUCCUAUUAUUGACAGGGGGAAAGUGCGUGUGUGUGCGAUAUCUUAAAGUUUGUAAAGUUCCAGAAGUCUUCUGUUACUGUUUUAUGUAGUGUGGGGUCAGCCAUGCAAAAUGUAAGUAGCUUGAGCGAAGGGACAGGGACACGAGGUUUAAGUUAUACUUAAAAUGUGGUGUUUCAUAACUGCUUGAACCAAAGCCCUCUCCCGCAAAUUUAAUAUAGGGCUCUCUGUGUGCCCAUUGUGGGACUCCUUCUCCUGAAGGGGCACACAGAGCCUGGAGGUGGCUGUUUUCCUUGCACAAGACACAGUUAACCCUUAUACAGGUCACUCACAAGAUAUUCCUUUCACAGUCUUAAGCCCAGCACCCCCCCCCCAUCCCCUUGGAAACUGAGCUGACAUAUCUGUGGCGUUUGUUGUCUUAUUUUGGUCACCACCACUGUCUAGAAAGCCAUCAACACCACAGGCUAAUUACUUGGAACUAUAUUCAGCAGAGCCGUUUUAUGUAAUGCCCUGAUGGCAGCCGGCGGGGGUUAAACUAAGGCACAGUUAUUGCUGCGCCAAGCUAGUUCCCUUGAGUAGGAGUUUCCCACACCCCUAAUAUACACAUAUAUACACAUAGCUAACUGAAGAGCAAUGUAUAUUUAGUUGUUAAGGUGAACCUGAGCAGGACCAAAACAGUUGUUUUGAGCCACUCAAACGAAAAUAAGGGCAUAGUAAAUUUAGCAAGCUCAUACCUAAAACCAGUGCAAUUACCGUAACAUUUACUGGUGUGUGAUUAACGUUUAAAAGCAUCCCUAAAACUCAAAUGUUGAGGUUGGGGAUCUGGAAUUGAAAAUUCAGCUCAAUUUGAUUUUUGUUUCAGUUCUAUGGCUAUGCACCAUACAUUUAAAGCACAUGACCCACCAAUAAAUCCUGGGAACCGUAGUUUAUCCCCUCACAGAACUACUAAUUUUAAUGGAUCAUAUGUAUAGUUUUAAUUCUAUUAAUGUUUAAUUCUUUUUAAUGAUGGUUCCCCCCCCCCCAAUGUUUUAGCUGUUUCUACUUUAUCUGUAGGUUGCCUUGAGUCCCGGUCAAGAGAAAAGGUGGGAUAUAAAUAUAAUAAUAAUAAUUCCAACCAUCCUUAACAAACUACAGUUCCCAGGAUUCAUGGGAGGAAGUCAUGUGCUUUCAAUGUGUUUUCUGUGUAGUGUGUACAUUCCUCUGUUGCAUCCCUUGCUUCUCUGAUUUUGUGCCUUGAUGAGGCUUGUGCCAGUGGCCUCAGUUUGGAUUGCAGUUUGGUUAAUUGUUUAUUGAACAUUCAUCCUGAUUUGUUUGCAGUGAAAUUAGAGAAAGUUGGCUAUUUAUUGAGCAUGAUUCUGAUUUGUUUACGGGGAAGUUAGAUGAUAUCGUGUCAAAGCCAGUGUUACCCCACAAUUUCCAAUGCAUUCCCCCAUCACUGCCCUUAUCACAAAAAGUCCAAUCUAUUGAGGAAAAAGGUUUGCUGCACAAGACUUCCCACUCAACUAUAAUUUCGCAACCUGAAUUUACCUGGAUGUGAUUGAAUACUACCUGAAAAUGGUGACAAUCUGGAAGUCUCCUUAGUUUAUUCCCCCUCUUUUCUCCAGAGGCCAUGAUGACCUCUGAAAUGUGAAGAACCUCCAUAUGUUUGAGACUAAAGUUGCUUCCUAGAUGACCUGUUUAAUCAAGCCUUCAUCCUGAUUUGUUUGCAGAAAGUUUGUGUUAGGAGAUGACGUGAUGUCAGCUAUUUAUUGAGCAUUCAUUCAGUUUUGUCUGUGGAGAGGUUAGGCAACAUUGCAACAAGCAAAUGUUAUCCCACACUCUCCAGUACAUUUCCUUAUCACUUUCCUUCCUGCAAAAAGUCUGAUUUGGGGGGAAGAGGAAGGGGUUUUGUUGCGCAAGAGCUGCAAUUCAACUUUAAUUGCUGAAUCUGAAUGUGCUGAUAGGCAAUUGAAUCUCAUCCCAAAAUGCUGACAGUCUGGAAGCGCCUUCAGUUUCACCCUCCUCUCACCUUGGCUGAAGUACCCUUUUUCCAGAUCUGGAAGGAGCUUUGUGAAUUACCCUUUUCAUGUUGUAACUAUUGACUUAAACCGUCAAGAGCCUAGGAAGACAAUAUUUAAUGUCUUAAGUACUCUGAGGCCAGUUUGAGGCUGCCCUUAGCAAUAAAUACUCAACAGACUUUUCUCUGUCACAUAAUAAGCUCUGAAAAAUCCCUAUCCCUAGUUCCCAGAGGAGUUUUCAACUGUUUUCAUUAGUUUGCUUUUUAAGGUGAAGGAUCAAUAUUAUAUGGCUGUUUAAAAUAAAUGUUUUUUAAGUGCAGGCAGCACACCUCAGGCAUGAAGGGAACCAGCAUUCAGCUUGCUGGUGUGAUUAUAGGGCAAACUAGACCAGCCCUACAAUUCAGAAAGGGUGAGGCAGCCCACCUAUGGCACCAUUUAAAUGACAUCAAAUUGCUGCAUGCACACCAUACCUUUCAAGUACAUCACUUCCCCCCUCCCAUGAAUUCAGCAGACCACAAAAGCUGUAAAAUUAAUGUGUGUGAUGCACCUCUGUUGAUCUUAACCUCUGAGAGUGUCUGUAGGGAAGGAGGCGUUCAUUCAGAUAUUUGGGACCUAAGUCACCCAGAGUUUUAAACACUAGGGUGAGCACCUUAAAUCAGGCCCAGAAAUACUGUACACAAUUUCUGCACUCUGGUUAGUAUAGAAAUAUGUGCAUUGCAAUCAAGGAGAGGCUAAAUACAGUGGAACUCCCCUGGUGGAGUAACAAGCUACACAUCUGCAGUUUGAAUCACUGGAAAUCAGUAGGAUCAAUAUGUCUGCGUAAUCUCAUAAUGGCAGCAGGAUUUGAUCCUCUACAUGAGGCCUAGCACAGAUUAUUUGUUUUAUUUAAGCCUAAAGCCUGUGCCUUCUAAAGAGUCAGAAUGGAUAAUAAAAUUGCAGAACAAAGGCAACUUCAGUCCUGUUUCCUCCAGGGCAAAUGUGGGUAGGAUGCUUGUGUCACUUAAUUAAUUUCCUGUUGGACCAAAAAUGGUGAGAAUUGGGACAGUACCAGGCUAUCGCCAAGCCUCCCAAGUAUUAGCUGCAUAUACCCCCUGCCCUCCAACACACUGGUGCCUCCUUCCCAAAGCCCAGGAACCUCAUGCGCAUGAUGUCAGAAUGUUGGGACAUCACAUGUGCAACAUUACCCUGCUCUUCGCCCUCGCAAACUGGUACCUCUGGCCCUAACUGUUCCCCUACAAAAAAUUUCACCGCAUGCCACUGAUUAAGCUGUAACUGGGCUUUCUCUCUCCACCUUUAGGAUUUCCUCCAAAAGGUUUUUUGUACUUUUGCAAACUGCUGAGAUGCCCUAAACUGGUUGAUGUCUCCCUCUUGCAUGGAGGUGGUGCUGUUUCGGAUGGAUAAGGAUCUAGCUUGGAGAAUAUUUUCGCUAUUAGUAUGUAGGAUGCGCUAUGGGUUUUAGAGAGUGGUCUCUAAAGGCAAAUGAUGCAGUUCCCUCUGUAGACCAGAGUGAAGUAAAUCUGAGGCCUUCCAAUAGCUGGAUUAGAGAUUGCUUGACAGCUGAACUGAUUCCACUCUGAGCUGUCCGGUGAACAGUAGGCACUAAGGAAUCGACACAGGUUGCGUGGAAAAUGCAGGAUUUCUCUGGAGACUGUCGGGGUUCUCUCCGCCACAAAUGUAAAGAAGCCUUGCUUGCAUCUAAGCCAGUGUGAAGCAACUAAGUUCUAUUCAGGGGAGGCCAAUUGAAAUGAAUGGACGCAUGGCAGUCAUGUUCAUUAAAACAUGCUCUGCGUAUGCCUGACAUUGAAUGCAGCUCUUAAGUAUGCUCUCUACACAUGGGCAUCAGACAGACUGACCUAGUCCAGGGGCUAUUCUGAGUCCGAACAGAUCUGAGACAGAAUUCCCGUUAACCCACUACACACCUCACUUGCUUGCAAAGCAAACAAGUCCUUCUUACAUAGUGAACAGGAGUCAAAAUUAGCGAGCCAGGAAAUUAGAGCUGACCAGAGGACAGAGCUGGGAGGGGUAUUUGACCUUGACAUUCGGCUUUUCUCCAGACUUUAGAAACAGCUUUGAUUCUCCCUGAGAAUAUAUAGGCCAAACUGGUAUGUGUCCCUGCUCCCAAUGGGCAAUAUAUACAUUUCUAUAUGACCCUUCUCUCCCUACCCCACUGUGGAUCCAUGUGGUUUCCCCCAAAGAAUCCCCCAAAGUAGAUUACUUGCUCCCACAAAGGAUCAUGGGAACUGUAAUUUACCCCUCACAGUGCUGCAAUUCCCAGCAAUCUAAAUAAGCUACAGCUCCCAGGUUUCUUUGAGAGAAGCCAUGUGCUUGAAAUGUAUAGUGUGUAUGCAGCCCAAGUCACAGAAUCAUAGCGUUUCAGAAGGGGUCUAAAUCAUAAAGUUUUAGAUGGGACCAUCUAGGCCAUCUACACUAGUCCCAUGAUCAGUUCAGGAUUUACAUUGUAAGAUGCAGCUAUUUAUCUUCUGCUUAAAUGCCUCCAGUAAAGCAGAUCUCACCAUUUCCAGAGGCAGUUUGUCCCACUGUCAAACAGCUCUUACCAUGAAGAAUGUUCUACUAAUGCUUAGCCAAAAUCUGCUUCUUUGCAGUUUCCACAAGUUUGUUCCCAUCUGCUGUCUGACAGCUCUUCAAAUAUUUGAAGACAGUUACCCUGUGGCUACAUACAGACUAUAUCUUUAAAACACAUUCAAAGUACAUUCAUGCCCCCCCCCGAAUUCUGGGUACUGUAGUUUGCGCUUCACAGAAUUACAAUUCCCAGCAACUCUUAACAAACUGUUGGGGUGGGUGUUCUGAACGUGUUUUAAAGUAAUAGUGACACAGCCAGAAUUUUCUCUUCACUGAGCUAAACGUACCCAGAACUUUCAUCUGUUCUUCACAGGUUCCCUCAAAUUGCUUUGAUUCCCUCAAAUUGCUUGUUUCCAGUGAGGAUGGGAAAUGGCCAGCUGUGGAAACAGAACAGGAGACCCAAGUUGCUUAACAGAACUCACUUGCCAACUUAUAAAGGAUAAAAAUAAAUAGCUCUUCCAUCUUUCUCAUUUUCUUGUAUAUGCAUAUCAGUAAAGGAAUGUACCCUUUCUGGAUACUGCUGUCCAUUCAACUUAAUUCAAUUGAAGCAUUCAGGGUGAACACUAAUAAAAUAAUAUUUAACACCAGUCUACAACUUGUAAGUGUUCAAAGUGCUUCCUGUGUGUGUCUAGCUACAAUUCUUACAACAACCCUUUAAGCCAGGCAUGCCAGUGUUAUUGUCUUCCACAUUGCAGAUGCAGAGAGAGGGGGUUGUAAAGGCUGAGAAUAUGGCUUGCCUAUGGGUCCGUGUCAGUAGCAAGAUUCCAACGAGGGACCUGCAGUUAGAAUGAAUCUGCCCAUUCUGGCUUCCCAUUUUCCUAUCUUCCACAUUUGUUUGAUAUUCACAUUUUUGUAUUAAAUUUUGCCUGAUGUACACCCUUAAGCAAACAUUCUUGUAUUUCUUUUCACUAACAUAUGCGCACUAUUUGGUUGAAGAAGUGCAAUGCAAAAUUCAAAGAAGUGCAAAUUUCGAAAGCUAGCUGUGUUUUGGUUUGCAUAUGAGAAGGUGCCAGUUAAAUGAUAGGUUUGCAUUAAAAUCUGAACAGAAUUCCCCUUCCCCUUCCCUCCUUCCUGAUUCACAGCCAAGUCUCUUAGCUACUAUACUCUACCUUCUCUCCAUGUAUGAAUGAGCACCUCACAGUGAUGGCCAAGAAUCAAUGCCUGUAAUCCACCAAUCUCUGUAUCAUGCACAUACCCACCUCUGUUCCCAGCUUCCCCAUUAUUCUGAAAAACCAGGAAGAGGUCAUCUGCAGGACGGGGUGCGUAGGAUGUCAUGGAGUACAAUGUGAAAGCACAGCCUGAGCUGCUCUCUGUGGUGCAAAAAUUGUGUAACAGUGGUGUCAUGUACAGAACAGGAAUUAUAUGGGGGGAAGUUGAGGAAGUCUUUUGGGGAAAGUGAGAACUUCUCAGUUGCUGCAUACACACCAUUAAUUUAAAGCACACACAUUCCAAGAGCCCAGGGAACUGUAGUUGGAUAAGGGUGCUGUGAAUUGCAGCUAUGCGAGGGGAACUACAGUUUCCAGGAUUCUUUUUUUGGGGGGGGGGUCAUGAGCUAUAAAUAUAUUAUGUGUACUUAGCCAGUGUUGAUAUGGUGGAUUAUGAAGCAUUCAGUGGAAUGUAGUUUCUAAACUAGGAAAAGAAGACAGGAUAGCAGGGAGCUAUUAAAUCUGCUGAGCAAAGGUUUUUGUUUUUUUUAGUGUUCUAGACCUAGCUCCACAUUUUUCAUUACUCCUGCUUUUGUUCCUUUCCGCUUUCCCUAUUUUUAUAGGUCAAAGUCGCUCUUUUUUGCUGCCACCGCCCAAAGUCAGCUUGUGCCUGUUGCUUUCCUCCUCCUGCUGAAGUAGCUUUGGAUGGUUUCCAAGUAAAAUAAUAACGAACAACAAUAGUAGAUUUCUUACCUUGCCAUCAUGAGGUCCAAGAGUAAUUUCAAAAAUACAAUUUAACACAGUUAAAAUGGAUUUUGAUGAAGAUAACGGAGUAGGGCCUAAAAUACUGUUACACCUUGUGCCAAUGAAGGCUAGUAGUAGUAGUAAGUAUUGUUACACGCCACCCUCAAUCUCUGAGCAGUUUGAGAUUCCAGGGAGUUUCAAGCACACUUACAAGGGUCUCUGUUUCCUUUUGGACAAUGAGGCACAGCAGAGACUGUGGUGUCUUUAUGUUAUAUGUUUCAUUUACCCAUCUAUACAACCUGAACCUGCCAUAGAGCAUCAGAGCAUCAGCAUUCCAUGCAAGUCCUGCUUGUCCCCUAGCCACAGCAGCUUCAUUGCUCUGUGCCCUGCAGCUUGCCUUGCUUCCAAAAUCACAUCCCAUCCUACUCUCCUCCCUAACCUAAGCACUGGCCUCUUUUAACAGAGGCCCCACUUCCUUUGAUCUUCUUGUGUGAACGACCCAUUACCCCAGACUAUCAUCUCAAGGGUUAUUACUUUCUAACACUUUUAAAAUUAAGGGAUUGGCGAGGUGUCUAAUACACAGUUUAGGAAGUUAACUUCAUUAGUCUUGCACAUAUGCUAAUUAAAGGAUUGGAAGCUUGUGGUAUACAUGGAUCUAUCCUAAAGACACAUGAGCCUGGCUAUUUCCCAGUUUUAGUACUCCAAGCCUUAAUUAAACUCUAGCACAUGGGUAGGCAAACUAAGGCCAGGGGCCGGAUCUGGCCCAAUCGUCUUCUAAAUCUGGCCCGCGGACUGUCCGGGAAUCAGUGUGUUUUUACAUGAGAAGAAUGUGUGCUUUUAUUUAAAAUGCAUCUCUGGGUUAUUUGUGGGGCCUGCGUGGUGUUUUUACAUGAGUAGAAUGUGUGCUUUUAUUUAAAAUGCAUCUCUGGGUUAUUUGUGGGGCCGCUGUGGUGUUUUUACAUCAGUAGAAUGUGUGCUUUUAUUUAAAAUGCAUCUCUGGGUUAUUUGUGGGUCAUACGAAUUCGUUCAUCCCCCCCCCCAAAUAUAGUCUGACCCCCCACAAGGUCUGAGGGACAGUGGACCAGCCCCCUGCUGAAAAAGUUUGCUGACCCCUGCUCUAGCACCUACAAAUCUAUGACAAUAUAUAUCUCGGCAGAAGGCUUUCUCGGUAGUAGCCCCUGCGCUGUGAAACGCCCUCCCAUCAGAUGUCAAGGAAAUAAACAACUAUCUGACUUUUAGAAGGCAUCUGAAGGCAAUUCUGUUUAGGGAAGUUUUUAAUGUUUGAUGUUUUAUUGUGUUUUUAAUAUUCUGUUGGGAGCUGCCAAAAAUGGCUGGGGAAACCCAGCUAGAUGGGCGGGGUAUAAAUAUUAUUGUUGUUGUUGUUGUUGUUGUUGUUGUUAUUUGAGUACAUGGGCAUAGCCAGGGGGUGGAAUCUGCGCCCCCCAAUCAAGUAAAUCAAUAAAAAAACUAACUGAGGUUCUGCCCCGCUAACAUAAAUCCUGGCUAUACCCAUGUUCAGGUGUCAAAAAGCAAGGUAAAGAGGUGUGUCUUCAGCAGAUGAUGGAAACUAUACAAGGAAGGUGGCAGAUGCACCUCUGUGGAGAGGGAAUUCCACACCUUGGGGGCUAUGAAAGAGUGCUCCCUCUUGAGCCACCAACCCCUGAACUUCUGAGGGUGGUGAAACUACCAAAUAGGCCCCUCUGUUGAUCUUAACACCCAAUAGUGCUGGAAGAAGGGGGACUUCCAGAUAUUUGGGGUCUAAGCCAUUUAGGGCUUUAAAGUAGCAGGAGAUCACCUAUAAUACUUAUGUGGAAGGAUUUGCCUGGCACUAGCAAGAUAGACCGUAGUGCAGCAGCUGUGGCACAACUGUGAAUGCUUGUAGGCUGGCUCUGUGAACAUGCUGCUGCCUCCCAGACAGCACAGCCUGUCAGGCAGAGGUAGGCAAUGUGGUGCUUUAGCCUGCAACUCCUAUCAUCCCUCACCAUUGACCAUGCUGGUUGGGGUUGAUAGGUGUUGCAGUCCACCACUUUUGGAGAGCAGCAUGUUGGCUACAUCUGCUGUAGUGUAAGAUACAGCUUCCUUGGCACUCCCAUCAGCAUCCUUCAGUAGUACCAAGGACAGAUGCCCCAUCUGCCUGAGUGGAGGACCGGCCACGGCCCUUGUAUGGAACUAGUGUGAAUGCUAUGGUAGUGAUGUGAAUUGUGUGUUUUAGCUGUGAUUGUGUUAAUGGGAAAUGUGAAGAAGGCAGGAAGGCUUUGUUUCCAUUUUCUGUGUUGAAGGAAGCGAUGCAGUGGUCUUUGGGGAAAGGUUGGCAGAAUGGCACAAAAUAUAUCCAGGGAUGCAAGUCCUUGCAUCUUACUUUGAAGAAGUGGACUAAACACUUUCCCUUGACCCUAAUGCUUUGUACUAUACAGAUAUUUUUUGUUAUAAUUCUGCUGAAACAGAGUAAGAAUUUCAAACAAAACCAAAAUCAGAAAAAACCAUAUGAGCAGUGUAGCUUGGUAAUAAGCAUCAUAUUUGAGUCCAGCAUGACAGCCAGAUUUCUCGCUGUGCUGCAGAUAGAGAGUUUUGUGAACUCUUUCAGGUUUAACAAGUCAUAUUAACACAACCAUGCCUUAACAUCUCUCUCUUUCUUCCACCCCUUCCUGCUUUCCACAGAUGGUUCAUCACCGUUUGAACAGCAGCAUAGUACAUCACCUGCCACCACAAAAGUCCCAUGCUGAAGACCCUUUCUUCAUCGUUGAGACCAUUUGCAUCUGCUGGUUCUCCUUUGAGCUCCUCGUGCGGUUCAUCGCCUGUCCCAGUAAGCCCGCCUUCUUCAAGAACGUCAUGAACAUGAUUGAUUUCGUGGCCAUCAUCCCUUACUUUGUAGCCCUCGGCACAGAGUUUGCCCGCCAGCGGGGCGUGGGCCAGCCUGCCAUGUCCUUGGCAAUCCUCAGGGUCAUCCGGUUGGUGAGGGUCUUCAGGAUCUUCAAGCUCUCCAGGCACUCCAAAGGCUUGCAGAUCCUAGGACAGACACUCAAGGCCAGCAUGAGGGAGCUUGGCUUGCUCAUCUUCUUCCUCUUCAUCGGAGUCAUCCUGUUCUCCAGCUCUGUCUACUUCGCCGAAGCUGACCACGAAGGCACAAGCUUCACCAGCAUCCCUGCUGCCUUCUGGUGGGCUGUGGUCAGCAUGACGACCGUGGGGUACGGCGACAUGUACCCUGAGACUGUAGGUGGCAAAAUUGUAGGCUCCCUGUGUGCCAUCGCUGGAGUGCUCACCAUCUCCCUCCCGGUGCCUGUCAUUGUCUCCAACUUCAGCUAUUUUUACCACCGUGAGACAGAGUGCGAGGAGACAGGGCAGUACAUUCACAUUACCACCUGCCCAUACACCCCGCCGCCCUCCCCUGCCCCUGCCGCUAUCCGGGAGAGGGCCCACCUCAAGGAGAAGCAUCACCAUGGGGAUACCCCCCAUACUGUGCCCAAUUCGGAACUGCUAGACGGCGUGGUGCCUAUGGGCAACUCAGAAAACCCCAGCAAACGUCUCGUAACCCAAGUGUGACCCACCUUACCUAUCCAAGUGACUGAUCCCCACACCCCGACCUGACUUAGCCCUGCACCUCAUUGUCUUAACUGGAAGGCUCUGCAAAAGCAAAACCCAAAAUACCAAUUAGCCCAAACGCCGGUCUCUGGUUUGGCUUUCGAACCCAAAGACAGUACAUUGGGUACAGAGAGAACCUUUCGCAUCACUUUUAGAGAGGAGACUGGAGGAGAAAGACAGCUGUGAUUAAAUUUGGGAUGGGGCAAGUCACAGUGGGUUGCCGGUGGAGCACAUGGCAGGACACAAAAUAAGGGGGCAUCACAUGAACUCGGUCGCAAGGAGACAGUUAGACAAACAGACACACCCUUUUGCUCUGCUCCUUGCUUGUUUGGCUGAGGGCUCAGUCCAUCCAGGAAGAAACAGUCCCUCCUACCCUCCUCUGCUCCUUUUUACUCCCCUCUCCCUCUGCCUUGUCACACGCCUCUACCCUUCUGUGAGUCAAAGAGGCCCUGGCAUGAAGAUGCCUCCAUGAAAUCACAGCAAUGCGUUCUUGGGUUACAUCUUUUGGAGCGCACAGUGGAACAUACCCAGAGCGACCCGGUCCCAAAUAGCAAGAGCGGGGGAUAAAUAAGGGAACGCCAUCAGCCACCCGCUUCUGAAUCAGGGCAUCAUAGGGAACACUGUUAGCGCGUUCAGGCGGGGGGACUGUAAAUACAUCUCCGGGAUACAACUGGCAGAAGCAAAGGAGUUGUCAGCAUCCAUCUGUCCGUCUUUAUAGGAUCCCCUUUCAUUAGGUGGCUAUAUUUCAUUUUGCUGACAAUCCACAGUGAAAGGGAUAGGGGCAGACACAUGUUAAUUCUUAGGCUACAACAAAGGUGUAAUGCUUACAUAACUUUUGUUGUGAGCAUAGCUCACUGGUAGAGCAUCUGCCUUGCAUGCAGAUCCUAUGACAGCUCUCCCUUUUCUUCCAAGACUCAGCCCCAAACCAUUCUUCCAUUCAUCGCAAGGUGGUAAAUGCCAAGCCUGUCCUCUUCUUCUGCUUCGGUGUCCCUCCCAAGAGGGCAGUUGAGGGCAGCACAGCCAAACCUUUUGCCCCAUCUCUAGGACUGACUCCCUACUGAUCAUUAGGCAGGGCAGGGCAGCCUAGAUCAUGCUUCAGAUUUUGGUGAUACCCAUGAAGGGGCAGCAGCUGAUCAGUUACCGAGUUCAGGGGUGGCCCACUAGAUGCUAACUCCCAUCAGCCCCAGCUAGAACAGUCAAUGGGCCAGGGAGAACCACAGGGCAGCCACCUCGACUGAGAUAGCAUUAAAUGUUUACCACCAUGGAAAAGGGGAGAGCGAAGAAUACUGCUUGAACAUUCUGCUUCUGGCACCAGAAUGUCUUAAGCUUAGAAUUCUGCCUCCUACUGAGUCAAACCAUUGGUUCAUCUAGUUCAGUACUAUCUGCCCUGACUGGCAGUGGCUCUCCCAGGAAAUCUUACAUAACUAGCAGGUAGAAAUAGGUAGAAAUCUUCCCAGCCUUACUUUGAGACACCAGGGGUUGAAACUGGGACCUUCUGCAUUCAAAGCAGUUGCUCUACCACUGAGCUACAGCCUUCCCACCUGCAUAACUCUAAAGGGGAUUGCCUUAUUGCUCCCUCUGAGUUGACCCUUCUUCUCAGCCCAGUCACAAUUCUCUGGCAUCCUUGGGCAAAAAAAAUCACCUUCCGUUCAGUCAUUUUCAAAUCCACUCAAGCCGCAGCAUGGCCCUCUUCCACCCCAGUCUGGCUAGCUACAAAAUACUUAGCCACGUGAGCUCAGUUUGGUCUUCUGCCAGCUGAAGAGCACCCUUCACUCCCUCCAGGGAAUCUCUGCUCUGAUAAGUGAUGUCUCUUUCAAAGUCAACCCCUAUGAUCUAGCCUGAGAUAUUUUCGCAGGAGGGGACAAGUGAAGCGUUUCUCAAAAGUCUUAACCCAGCAAGUAUCCAGCAAACGAUCCCUACUCUCCCAGCCACCUUUCUUGUCUUAAUAUGUAUUGUUUCCUGCUCCAUUGGUCUUACAGGCUGGGUAGAGCGAGACCUAAGGGGAAGUUUACAUUCAUUCAUCUACAGUGACAUUUUCGCCCUAUCUGGCUGCAGAGAGAACGCGGAGCAGAAAUGCUUUACAAAUGAAGAAGAAGAAAUCCAUAGCUACUUGGGCUUCAUUAGGAUGUGCGUAAGACUUAUGCCAUAAGAGAAUAAAAGCUACUGUGUGAGUAAUGUGUGUGAGUAAGCUGAAGGUGUCUGGGUAGAAAUGAAGAGCAGUGCAAUUACCUAAGAAAAGGGUGAUUAUGGUACCUAUAAAUAAAAGGGUAGCUACAGUUAUGCCAAUACUGCCUCCCCCCCUCUUCAUUCAGAUUUUGGUUUGCAAGGUAAUUGUAAGUUAUGUCAGAGUGUUAACUUACGUUGCAAACCGCAGCAGAUGAAGAUUGUAACUGGUAUGCAGGGACAAGACAGAACCCUGUGAUCAUUCAGGUGGCGUUCCGUCCAUGCAAGUAUGGCUCCAGCAGAGCUCCGCUGGGUAAGAUCAAAAGCCCAUCUAAUCCAGCAUCAUAUUUCCCACAAUGGCCAACUAGAUAACUCUGGGAAGCCUACAAGCAGUUGUAAUCCUAGCAGUGGCACACUGCCUCACUUGAUGCUGCAAGCAGCCAUUGUGACCAGCAGCCACGGACAGAAUUGCCCUCUACGAAUAACUUAGGCCCAUUUACUUCUGGGUAAUACUUUUAUCUGGGGCAAUGUGGAUUAAUGUCACAAAUUGCAUAGUGCACAAAGUUACUGCUUCCUCUUUGCCUAUGGUCAAAUCUCCUGCCAAAUGGUUUCAGUGGCAUGCCCUGGGUUCCAGUUUUAUGAAAAAGGGAGAGAGAAAAAUUAUUUCCACAUUCUCCAAACUGUGCGUGUGCACUUAUUACAACGAAACUAGAUGUCAGGAUAUGUACACAUUAGCAGCUUGAAAUGCAGUGAUGUCACCCCUUCCCAUUUGUGUUUCAAGUCUCUUUUUUUUACAUUGCUUUACACAUCAGAGAGAGGAAGAGGGAUGUUUCUCACCCAGAGCACAUUAUCUGAUUUGAUCUCCAGUUCACUGAAGCUGAUAUCUGUGCAUGUGCUGACAUCUGCACAGGCAUGAUAGCUGGUCUCCAAAGUAUACAACCUCACCUUCGCUGCAGCUUCUGUUUUCUAAUUGGAUGGAGGCUGGUUUUAUAGAAUUGUAGAACUGUAGAGUUGUAAGCGGGCCCAAAGGGUCAUCUAGUCCAACCCCUUGCGAUGCAGGAAUCACAGCUAAAGAAUCCCUGACAGAUGGCCAUCCAAUCUCUAUUUAAAAACCUCCAGGGAAGUCCUCCACCUUCCAAGGUAGUCUGUUCCACUGUCAAACAGCUCUUAUCAUCAGGGAAAGCACAUCACAGAGGACCGUUUUUCAUGAAUGCAGGCUACAUAUGCAUUGCAGUCCUGUGUACUGAGCCUCAAGAACCAUUGGUGGGAGCACACUGGAACUGGAGUGAAAGGAGUAAACUCCCAUUUAUUUUGCACCCAGCAUGCUCCCACUGCUGGUUUGGGAAGCAGUGUACUGUACAACAUUAGCAACAAUCCUUAUCUAUCCCAUAAUUCCUUAUGAAAUACUGUGUUUUGAUGCUCCCCCCCCCAAACAACAGCUUCAAUCUGAAUUGAGAAAAGAAAGCUGCAUUUUAAGCCAGUGUACACAGCUAAGAAGAAAAAAAGGUGACUCUUAUUUAGGUUGUCCCCUUCUUUUCUGAUUGCUGCUCUGUGCCUUUAACAGAGGAGGAACUUCAUAGCUGCACACUAGGCAAACCUUCGAUCUCAUAGUGGCUGCAUUGUAGCUGUUUAACAACCAGGACCACAAAUAUAGGUGGCACCCAUCUCUGUAACAGCUGUGACCUCGCAUGUAUGCUGCAUUUUUCAAACAUCCGAGUAGCAUGUAAUUUCUCUGUGUAAUCCAGUAACCGCAGUGUGAUUUGUGUACAGAAUAGCUGCACUGUCGUUGCUAACCAAACUUGCGCUGGCUGCGUCGCUGUUGAUAUUCAAUUACCUUGCAAUUAUUACUCUGCUGUUGUGGACACACAAGUCACUGUUUAAAGAACAGAUACAAUUCAGAAGUUAUAGUUUAGAAGCAGGGGCUUGUUAUUGUGUGGAUCCAAACAGCUAGAACCCACGUGGAAACUGUUGCAUAAGUUUAUUAUAUAGAAAAGUGGUCAUCUGUUGCCCUCAGACACAUGCUUUCCCAUACACAUUUUCCUUGCCUGUGAUGACGAUAGACUUGCUUCCCCCUUAAGACAUAGUUUUCUAUGUGCAGAUUACAACCCCGUCUUAGGGGAAUGUUCAGAGAUGCUGCUCCUCUCUUGCAAUCUUCUCCAGGAAAGGCUACCAUGUGAUUCUGCUGCAUGAGUAGCUCAGUUCUAAGUCUUCCAUUACCAUUGCAGAACUGCAAUUAUAGUGAAUUUUAUAAAUGCCUUAUGCGUACCUGCACAAAAACGGCAUUAGAGAUGGGCGCUGUCAUGUUAAAAGUAAAAAUGACAUGUAAAUUGCUGAGAAUGACUCUCUGAAUUGGUGCUACUGUUGAGUGCAUAGUGUAGUAAAUAAGAGUGACAGCCAUUCUCUCCCCACCCACACCCACCCCAUUGAGGUUCUGGGUCUUUAACAGCUGCAUCACAGGUAGAAAUUCCACAGCCAAAGCUGCACCUGUUAAAGAUACAGUCAGAACGGCCUCCGAUGACAUGCGCAGGGUCUGGGUCAGUUCAUAUGGGGAGAGGCAAUCCUUAAGGUAUUAGAGCCCUGUAAGUUGCCAGAGUUGCUGUUAGUUUAGGGUUACCAGACUUCCCCGGUUCCCGGGGACAGUCCCCGGAUUUGCAAAUCUGUCCCCGGACAAAUUCCAUCCCCAGAAUGUCCCCAGAUUUGCAAAUCUGUCCCCAGGAAACAUGGCAGUGGCAGCCUCAGCAGCCCAGAGCCAACCUGGUAGCGCAGUUGGCUCUGGUUGGCUUCAGGAGCUGCUCGCUGCCAUGGCGCCUGCCAUUUUUGCUUGCCAGAAGUCCCCAUAUGAUGUGUCUUGUGUGCAACACAUCAUAUGGGGACUUCUGGUGAGGAAAAAUGUUGGCUGCCAUGGCAGCCAGCAGCUUCUGAAGCCAGCUAGAGGCAACUGCACCACCAGGCAGGCUCCGGGCUGCUGACUGCCACCGCCACUGCCAAAGGGGAACCGGGGACGUCCAGCGGUACAGAUCUCCUGCCCCCUUCCCCCUUUGUUUUGACUGAUCAGGGGAGGUUCGGGAGUUGUGGGCAGGUGGUCAUUGCCCAGUUUUUUAAAAACCGUGCAUUUAUGUUUCACAGGGUGUGAAAAAAGGGCUUUGCACCAUGCCUGGCAGAGAAACCGCACGCCUUGUGCCCCUCCUGGGCAAUGGCUGCCCAAUCAGUCAAAAUAAAGGGGGAAGGGGGCAGGAGAUUGGGGGAGGCUCGGGAGUUAUGGGCACGCAGCGCGCCAUUGCCCAGUUUUUUAAAAACUCUGUGCAUUUAUGUUUCACAGGGUGCGAAAGAAGGAUUUUGCACCUUUAUACAAUAUGCAUGUGUGCUUGGGCCCAGGGUCUUUUGCCUCACCAUCCCCACUACUGACUCCCUGUUGCUACUCAGCUUCAAAAAAAAAAAAAAGUGUCCCCGGAUUCAUUGAAAAAAAUCUGGUAACCAUAUGUUAGUUGCAAGUGCUAUUCAUACAUCGUAACUGUUGUGCAUGGAACAGUAAUAUGCAUGUGAUUCACUCCAUAGUGCAGGGAUAGGGAAACACUGUGCCCCACCAGAUGUUAUUAGACUCCAAUUCCCAUCAACCCCAGCCAGCCUGGGACGAUGGGAGUUGUAGUCCAAUAACUUAUGGAGAGCAACUGGUUCCUCACUCCUCCCAUAGCAGCACCAUUAAGGCUGCAGUGGUACACAUGCUUCCAGGACACAUGCUUCCCAGUGAGCCCAGUGGGACAUAUUUCUGAGUAAACAUGGAAAUGAUUGGGCGGUGGGGGUGGGAAUGCUUCAGAAUAAGAGAUUGGCAGUUUGGUUGUUCUCAGCUAUGUAGCAGCUAUACCUGCUGGGGAUUGUCCACACACAAGGAUUAACUGUGGAACUAUGCUGUGAAGCAUCUCCCAUGACAGCUAAUUUGUUAAAAGUGAACUAUACAUAGCAAUUGCUCGAUUCUGUGAUACAAUACCCCAUCAUAUUUCAGAGGCAGGGUUUAAUAUACCUUUGGCAAGGGGGUCUUCUGACCUUCUCCAUACAUGGAAUCUCCCCAUCCUUGUCUUGAAACCUCAGAAGAAAGGGGGCUUCAAGUGGACCCCACCCGAUGUUUUGCCUCUGAUGCCAUCACACCUUUCAGCAGUGGCACAAGGUCUGCUCUCUGAUAAUGCCUCUACCCCGUAUUGUGGAAGUGGAAACACUUCCUGGUUCCUCCAGCUUGAUCAGCCCCUUGCAAAGAUAAUAGCCAAGCGAAUGAACCUCAGGUGCUGAUGCUUAUUUAUCUGACUUACUAGCCCCAUGGUUGCUCACCAGAAGUUCUGUCGCCUUCCAGCGGAAGUUAAGUUGGGCCUCUAUCAAAGAAACAAUCUUCCUAUGUACCUAGGCAACUGGCUUCUGUCAGCAAUGAGAGGCUCAGGAUGAGGCCAUUUCUUCCGGGGGAAUAUUUGGACACGUUUCAACAUUUGGAGAAGUUGCCGAUUUGCUUGCCAAGUGCCGUUUUGAAAAACUCACACUUGACGUUCAAGAGGACUCUCAACCAGACGUCACACACUGAUGAAUCCAGUGACUGACACAAUGGAUUACUGGGGUUCUGGAUUUCCACCUGAUGUAAGAGGUUGUGUUUUUUACAGAACACUGCUUUUGCUUUUCGCUAUAGAGAAGUCUCUCUCUCUCUCAUAGAAGAACUUCCCAGCUGCCAUCUUGUAUGUUGCCGUGAAGAGAAAAGGUCUCUCAUCCCGUUUUAUUUAUCUACAAUAAAGUACACGGCACUUGUUAUUUGUUGAGAAGAGAGAAGAGUUUUCUAUUUCCCUUCCCCACCGGGGAUCCUCUUCAGAUUGUGUCAACAAAACCCAGGAUGAGGUAAAGAGGCCUUCGAUUAGCUCAGGAGCAACCCAGAAUGAACCUCCUGCUAGCCCCUCCUCUCAGCUUCUCCCUCAUGGUACAUAAGCCUAGCUCCAUCCCUGUCUUGGGAGGCCCAGUCAUCACCUCUGGCCCGCUGAGGUGGCAAAGUUUAAAUAUAGGCUUCCAGAAUAGCCUGGAUUCCAACUAGGCUCAGGCAACAAAAAAUUGGCUGGACAAGCAAGACUUUAGGGGAGCCGAACACUCUUGUUAAAAAAGGCAUAAUGCGGGAUGACAUCUCUGAGGGCGAGGGCGUCCCCUUGUGGAAACCAGUUGCCCAGAUGAAGCCUUGGCAAGAGGUUACCUUGGACCAAAUCCUAGAGAGGGAAAGGCUGCAUUAUUCAGCUAAAUUGAGUUCGGCUUGGCUAGCACAAAGAAAGCAAUGUACGUGGCGACAGAAGAGUUUGAAAUUUUGCACUGUAAAGCUUCAGGGUGCAUGCACACACACAAAAUGAAUUCUCCUCCCCUCUGUACAGAUUUACAAGAAAACAGACAUACCGCCAUCAUUGUUGUUGGUAUGUUUAGGGCUUUUGGACAAGGUUUCAAGUUUGGAUGGAUGUCUGACAAUACAGACAGAGGGCCUUCUCGGUAGUGGCGCCUGCCCUGUGGAACGCCCUCCCAUCAGAUGUCAAGGAAAUAAGCAGCUAUCUUAUUUUUUAAAGACAUCUGAAGGCAGCCCUGUUUAGGGAAGUUUUUAAUAUUUAAUGCUGUAUUGUUUUUAACACUCGAUUGGGAGCCGCCCAGAGUGGCUGGGGAGGCUCAGCCAGAUGGGCGGGGUAUAAAUAAAUUAUUUUAUUUAUUAU